UUUUGCCAUACAUAUACAUUUUGUAUAUUAACAGUAAAUCAAAGUUAAAAAGGUAUUGAUUUGACAGAAUUUUAGACUACUAUAUACAUGUAAUGUAUAUUUACAAUCUCUCAAAAAGAUAUAUUUAUUUAUAAUUUAGCUAAUGAAGAGAAUGAUGGAUGCUCAAACUGAGAUUUUGAUGAAGACAUUGACAGAUCAAGGGGAAAAAAUUGAAGAAUUACAACACUUGUUACAGAGGAUAGAUUUACAUGCAGGAGCUCAGAAAAAAGGAAAAAUAAGAGCUGUCCAUGUUCCUGCUCAUAUUAAGCAAGCUGUUCGUGAUGCUUACAGGCAUAGCACUACAGAAAACAAUUUAAUCUGGACAUGUAAAACAGCAGCUGGUUCUAUUUUGAAGUAUUCUGCAGAGGUAAAUAAAGAGAUGUCUGAGGCUAUAUGUCUUUAUGUCAAAGGACAAUUUUCAACAACAGAAGAAGGUGUUAUUAAGACUGGUAUUGAGACAUAUUUCAAUACCAUAAAACAAAGGAGACAAAUGGAGGAGGAUGGAAAAAAGGCCUCACACAACAGAAAAAUGGUUUUGUAUGGGAGAAAGAACAGGAAGCUUCAAAAUAGAGUUAAGGCCCUUCAAGCAAAGAAACUACCAGUGCCGGAAGAGGAAAAACUAAUGAAGGCCAUAAAAAUUGAUUUCAUGUCGAGUGAGGACAGUGAUUCUGAAGAUGAAACGCGCCUUAUUACAAGACCUCUGCCAUGGCUGUCGAAAGAUUUUAAAUCUUACAUGGAUAAACUUGACAGUAAAUACCAGAGACAGCUCAAUGCACAAGGCAAAAAGUUGAGAUCUAAGAGAGUUGUUGACAGGCCAUCAGAGAGGCCUUGUCCCAAUAAAUCCCAAGACCUGUCAUGGGUUUUUGCUUAAGGGCAUAACCUACAUAUUUUUUUGAUUAUUUUUCUUUUGUUUUUUCUGUUUAAUUAAAUGCUGAAUGAUAAUUUGAGUGUCUCUGGUAUUUGCUGUCUUAGAUUUUCCAUCUAAGAUUUCACCACAUUAUUUAUAUAUUUUGGUCAAUGGGAGAUAACUUUGUAUAUUUAACAGUUUACCAAUUGUUAUCUCUUUUUAACAUGUUUGAAAAUUAAUGAACAAUUAAUCUUAAAAGAAACAUUAUUUUCACUCAAUUGUCCAAGUACAUUUAAUAUUUGAUAGUCAUGUGCAUGAAAUUUCAUAAUUUAGUUGAUAAAAAAUAUUUGUGUGCUCUUUAAUUCAAUUAUAUCAUAAAAUGUCUUUUUUUACUUUUAUCAUAUGUAUUCAUUUGGGGUGAGAUCCUAUAAAAUCUAAAUUAAUGUCUGAGCAGCACAUUGGUUUGAAAUUAGCAGCUAUGUUAUGUUUGCUGUUUUAUUUUUUGCUAUUUGAUGUGUUUGGUUUAUUUUAAGAUUGAAAAUAUUGCAAGCAAGGGAGGUUAUUCAUUAAUAUUCUUAUGAUACCAAACUUUGAAAAUGCUUAUGUUUGCUGUUUGUUAUAACCCUUUUGCAAUGAUUUUUAAACAAGUAAUCAUGUUAAUUUGCCACAUACCAUUAUUUUGUUGACUAGUUUGAAUUUGAUGUAUAUCUUUACUUAUUUCAAAAAAGUGUUUUUUGUAUUUGUUUACAUAGUAAAAUUAUAGUUAUUGAUAUUACGAAAAUUUUGACAGUUGGAUGUUUUUUCUUGGAUAUUAAUGACAUUUGCCUUGUUACAAAACCUCUGACUAGGCUGUCGAAAGAUUCUAAAUCUUGCAUGGAUAAACUUGGCAGUAAAUACCAGGGACAGCUAAAUGCACAGUGCAAAAAGUUGAGGUCUAAGAAAGCCUUGUCUAAAUAAAUCUCCAGAACUUGCAUUUAAUUGAGUUUGCUUAAGGGCAUAUGACAAAAAAAGAAUCCUUCAAUUUUGAAUAGGGCCAAAUAAAAAGUACACUUUUGGAAUUAGCAAAGAAGAAAAUGACUUCAUGAUUUACUUUUGAAUUAUAGUUUAUAAAGAUUACCAGUAGAUCAGCCUAAGGAAAACCUUUGAAAAUAAGUCGGACAGAAUAUUUUGAUUUCUUGAACUUAACUUGAAGAUUUUUUUAACUAUACAAGAUAAAUAAUUGCUUUCUGAUUUCAACAUUUGAUUUUUACUAUAAAAAUCAUUUACAGGUGCAACAUAUAUUUGUCAUUAGAUAAUGUUAUUGUGUUUGUUUGACCUACAUAUUUUUUAUGCCUUAUUUAUGGUCAUUAUGUUUUUCUUGUCUUGGCAUCAGUCUGUCCCUUUGUUUUUAUCUGUUUGUCCUGUUUCAGGUAAAAGUUUUUGGUCAAGGUAGUUUUCAAUGAAGUUGGAAGUUCAAUGAGCUUGAAACUUAGUACACAUGUUCCCUGUGAUCUAUGAUAUAAUCUUUCUAAUUUUAAUGCUACAUGAGAGAAUUUCACCAAUUUUCAGUCCACUGAACAUAGAAAAUGAUAGUAUGAAGAAGGCAUCCAUGUACUGGGGACACAUUCUUGUUUUAAUUUAAAAAAAAAUGCCUUUUUUAAUUGAUUAAAAGCUGAAUAAUAAUUUGGGUGCGAUUCAUUUAAGUGUCUGGUAUUUGCUGUCUUAGAUUUUCCAUCUAAGAUUUCACCACAUUAUUUAUAUAUAUUUGGUCAAUGGGAGAUAACUUUGCGUAUUUAACAGUUUACAAAAAUGUUACGUCUAUUUUGAAUGUUUAAGUAUUAAUAAACAAUUAAUCUUAAAACAUAUUAUUUUUGUUCAAUUUUCCUAUGUCCUAGUACAUUUAAUAUUUGAUAAUUUUGUGCUUGAAAUUUUUUAUUUUUUUAAUAAAAGUUUAUUUGUGUGCUAUUUUAAUCAAUUGUAUAUAUUUGAAAUUUACUUUUCCUUCAAUUAUUUUUUACCUGUAUCUUGUGUAUAUAGCAUUCAGGGUGAGGUUUGAUAAAAUUUGAAUUAAUGUCUGAGCAGCACAUUGGUUGUUCAUUUAGCAACUAUGUUAUGUUUGUUGUUUUAUUUUUUGUUUUUGAUGUAUUUGGUUGUUCCUUUGAUUGACUAAUAAUGCUAGCAAGGGAGAUUAUUCAUUAAUAUUUUUAUGAUACCAAACUUGAAAAAAAGCUGGGUAUGUUUGCUAAUUGUGAUAACUCCAAUGUUAUGAUAUUUAAACAAGCAAACUCAAAUAGUAAGCAUGUUUCUUUGUCACAUACCAUUAUGUUAUUGACUAGUUUGAAUUUGAUGUAGAACUGAACUUUUAUUUGUUUACACAGUAAAAUUGUAGUUCCUUGAUGUAACCAACAUUUUGACAGUAUAUUUUAUUGAUAAUCAAAAUAACUUUGAUUUGUCAGUAUCUGAAUAAAAUUAAUUUGAUAAA